AUGGCGCACGAGUGGAGCGUAUUCAUGCGGCAGCCCGUUCUGCCGCGGUAUAGCAAACAGCGUAACUCGUGGUUACGUCAGGUUACGCUCUGGCGGGUCCUCCUGCUCGGCCUCGUGGGGUGCCUCGCUUAUGGGUACACGCAGCUCCUCGUGCGGUACGGCAGCAUCUCACCUGCAGCGACAGCGCUCUUCACGACGCCGUACGACGGCCGCGCCGCGGACGACCGUCCGCCGCCGUCCCCUCCGUGGCGUCCGCCGUUCCGCGUCGUGGUGUCGCUCACGACGACGCCGAGUCGGCUGGCACACGUGAUGGACAGCGUGCGCUCAUUGGUGGCGCAGAGUCUGAGACCGGAUCAGAUUUACGUCAACAUCCCCACCGGUGCGAUGAAACGCCACCCCGCGCGCCAGUACAACAACACAGAGAUCCCGUCAGAGCUGAUGCACAUCGCCCCCUCAUUGGUGCAAAUUAACCGCUGCGUCGACGACGGCCCGGCGAGCAAGUUACUGGCCACACUGCGGCUCGAAACGAAUGCGUCGACACUGAUUAUCACGCUCGACGAUGACUUUGUGUACCCCUCGGAGCUCGUCGCGGCGCUCGCGUGGGAAGCGCUCGCCAAGCCGCACGACGCGCUGGGGGUCUGUGGAUGGGGUAUGCUGCCGCUGUGGCAUCAGGUGGGCGUUGUACCGGCCUACGUGCCCUAUUUCAUGCGUCCGAACGGCCGCUAUGUGGACAUUCUGCAGGCGUGUUGCGGCAACGCCUAUCGGCGCGGGUUCUUCUCCGACGUCGAAGCGCUUGCGGACAUCCCGCCGGUCUGUGUGACAGUCGACGACGUGUGGAUUGCGGGCUACUUGCGCGUGGUGGAGCACCGACGCAGUGCUUUGAUCAGCAAGCGACUUGACCCGACCGACGCCGAGUGGAAAAAGGAGGAAGCGCGCUCGUCGGACCGACCGAUGACGCUGUCGAGCUUCAACCACGAGCACCAGAUACACUACAAGUGCGUGCAGGCGCUGGAAGACAAGUUUGAGCGACGGUGGACGCGCAAUUACGAAGACCAGGCGGAGGAAAGCAGGUGGAUCAGGGGACCAGAGCGCGACUCGUAG